AUGACAUCUUCAUUGCAGCAAUAGUAGAAAGACACAGAGAACUCUUUAGCUUAGUUAUUUUAUUUAACGGGACAAGCAGAACUAUAGUUUGAAGACAUUAGGACAGAACUGUUUAAUAUUCCAAACUUUUCAGCUGAAAAAGCAUUUAAAUUGAUUGAUAACUAGAAUAAAGGUCUCAUUGAUACAGACUAGCUUAGAGCAUUUCUGAAAAACUAUGCAGUUAUUUGGGACUACAAAGAAGCUCAGCUUUUCAUAGAUGAGUUUGAUGAUAUACCCAAAGAUGGAAGACUCAGUAUCGUGGAAUUUGAAAGAAUCAUAGAGACCCUUUAUUACUUGCCUUAGACCAAUAGCAUUGAUAAUAUGAGAUCAUAGAGAUCUUAAAUGUCUUCAAAUAGCAAAAGAGAUAUGGGAAUCAAAAUGGCAAAACUUAUUGAGAGUUACUACCUACAUAUACUUUAAAAGAAUCAAUUCAAGCUCUAAAAUUUCGAGAAAAUGACAGACCAAGACUUGUUUAAUGUCUUAGAUCUUAAGAAUAGGAAAGGUUACCUAAGUGAUUAAGAUAUAGAAGAUCUUUUGGCAAAGCAUAGACUUAUUGAUUUGUAAAGCCACAAUAGCUAGCUUCUAACUUAAUAGAUACUUAAGAGAGUAGAUAGAGAUCAAAACCAGUAAAUCUCCUUUGAAGAUUUUAAACAAUUCCUCAAUCAUAUACCUCUAAGUGUAGAUUCUUACAGAUAAAAGCAAGAAGAGUUCAAAAAUUCAAUUUAAAAGAUCAAUAUAACUUCUUAGCUAUCUUAAGAAUCAGAACCCUCGAUAAGAUAAAAAAAGAAUGUGAAAUAAGAGCAGCAAUAAUAAUAAACAGUGUUUAAACAGCAGUAGCAAUAGUAGUAAACUAAUAAUUAUCAAGAGUAAUAGAAGGGUUCAAGGUAAAAUAAUCCGAGAUAAAAUACCUAAAACUCUUAGAAUAAUGUCAAUUAAAAUUAGGAUCAAAACAAUGAAUAGGAAGACAACUAGAGAAAUGCAAGAAUUUAUUCACCUAUGAGAUACAAGUAAAGUGCCUUUAACUAAUCAAGAAUGAUGUAUGAGCAAGAUUAGGAGUUAUAUUUAAGCUAAUCUUCGCCUUAAAAGUAACAUAAUCCAUCCAUUCAAUCGAAUCCAAGGUAAACAAAUUAAGAGAGUCCAGCUUUUGGAAGUUCCUAGCAAUAACUAAGAAUUAAUGAAGAUAGCCCAGAGAAAAAAAGACUAGAUGAGCAAGAUGCAAGUUUGAAGUUAACAUUUUCGAAGUAAUAUUUCGACGAACGCCAUCACUCCAAUACUUUACUAGACUAUCUUCUAAAGGUGGUUAACACGGAAUCUUCUAUUGAGGAGAAAAGAGAACAAUGUGCUCAGCAAACGUAGUUCAAUCUUUAUGAGACUUUUAGAUAUUUCGAUGUAUUCUCUAGAGGCUAUAUCUAUGCUAAGGAUGUGCUAAAAGGUAUGCAUGAACUUGGAUUGAAAGAAACUACAGAUGAUGAUAUCAUGCUACUAUAUAAGAGAUAUGACACAGAUUAGGAUGGAACUAUCAGAUUCUCAGAGUUCUCGCAUAUAUUCGAACCAAUAAACGAAGACAGCUGUGAAGCACUUCUUGAGAGAAAGCCUGCUUCCCUUGAAAAAGAAUUUAAGGAGUUUAUGUUUACUUACCAAGGCAAGAAGGCAUUGACUGAGUUUCUUUCAUCAGUAAUUUAGGGGGAGAGAGAACAUAAAUAGUUUAGGUAGAUAUUCAAAUAAACCUUGAGUUAAGAUAAUAUAGGGUUCAAAAAUCUUUAUGACCUAAUUUAGCAUGACAAAUUAACCGAGGACUAUGUGAGCGAAGAAUCUUUGGUCAGAUUUAUGAAUGAAUGUGAGGUCAUGGUUACUGGAUCAGAGAUCAAGCUACUCUAUAAGAUAUUUGACAGAAAUAGAGACGGUUUAAUAAAUUUUGAUGAAUUUUUUGGUGUAUUAAACAGCUGA